AUGGCUUCCACUUCCGCAACUCUCAAGGAGACGGUCAAGGAGACUCUGCUCGGUGUUGAAGAUGAGCCGCAGCUCUCGUCCCAGACGCGUGCUGAGUUUAUGCAACAUGCCAAAAAUGACCCAGAGUCUGGAGAACACUACAUGGGUCAAGAGGAGUUCGUCAAUGCCAUUGCUCCCGAGACCGAAGACUACCACAAAAUCAAGCGCUCGCAGUACGCUGUUCUUUUCUCCAUCGCCGACCGCCGCAAGACUGGUCGCGUAACCCUCUCCGACUGGGCCACCUUCAACAACCUUCUAGCGAAGCCCGACGCCGAGUACGAGAUCGCCUUCCGUCUCUUCUGCGACCCCAACACUGGCGUUGUUGACUUCAACUCUUUCAAGGAGGCUUACGCUCGCAACCGCUCUCCAGAGAACGUUCCCUUCGACUGGAACUCAACGUGGGCUUCUCUGUACGUUGGCGACCGUAAGAACAGACAUAGUAUGACAUACCCUCAGUUCGCCCAGAUGCUGCGUGGUCUCCAAGGAGAAAGAAUCAGACAAGCUUUCCACCACUUCGACAAGAACGGCGACGGCUACAUUGACCCCGAGGAGUUCGAGCGCAUCAUCCGUGAGACUGCUUCGCACAAGCUGUCCGAUCAUCUUCUUUCGAAUCUUCAGACUCUGUGCAACAUCUCACCUGGCAGCCAUAUCUCAUACGCCAACGUGCGCGCAUUCCAGAACAUCAUCCGUGACAUGGACCUCGUCGAGCUGGUCAUCCGUAACGCGGUUGGCAAGACAGACGACGGCAAGAUCACUCGCACAGACUUCCUGAAUGAGGCCGCUCGCAUCACUCGCUUCUCAUUGUUCACCCCCAUGGAAGCUGACAUUCUUUUCCACUUUGCCAGCUUGGAUCAACCUUCUGGCCGUCUUGGUGUCUCCGAUUUCGCACGCGUCCUUGAUGCUUCAUGGGCUUCCCAUCACACAGUCUACGGUGCCGCUACCGGCGCAGCCGCUGACACCGCCGCCGCUGUCGUCGCCAAGUCAAAGUCGUUCCUCCACGAUGCUCUCGUGUCCAUACAUCACUUUGCGCUUGGUUCUGUGGCUGGUGCGUUUGGUGCUUUCAUGGUCUAUCCCAUCGACCUGGUCAAGACCCGUAUGCAAAACCAGCGCAAGGCUCGCGUUGGUCAACUUCUCUACAAGAACUCGCUCGAUUGUGCCACAAAGGUCAUUCGUAACGAGGGGUUCAGAGGCUUGUACUCGGGUGUCUUGCCCCAACUUGUCGGCGUGGCUCCUGAGAAGGCUAUCAAGCUGACCAUCAACGACCUGGUCAGAGGUAAAGCUUCGGACCCUGUGACCGGGGAUAUCAAGUUGACUUGGGAAAUCAUCGCUGGUGGUUCUGCUGGUGCUUGUCAGGUCAUCUUCACAAACCCUCUCGAGAUUGUCAAGAUUCGUCUGCAAAUCCAGGGUGAGGUCGCCAAGUCACAGAAAGCAGUCGAGAAGAGAAGUGCCAUGUGGAUCGUGCGUAACCUUGGUUUGGUCGGUCUCUACAAGGGUGCCAGCGCCUGUUUAUUGCGCGAUGUCCCCUUCUCUGCUAUCUACUUCCCCACCUACAACCAUCUCAAGAAGGACUACUUCGGCGAAGGCCCCAACAAGAAGCUUGGUAUCUUGCAACUCUUGUCUGCAGGUGCUAUCGCUGGUAUGCCUGCAGCUUACUUGACCACUCCUUGCGAUGUCAUCAAGACCCGUCUUCAAGUAGAGGCCCGCAGUGGUGAGACGUCGUACACAUCGCUUCGUCAUUGCGCAAAGACCAUUUGGAAAGAGGAGGGCUUCCGCGCCUUCUUCAAGGGAGGUCCCGCACGUAUUCUUCGUUCUUCGCCCCAAUUUGGUUUCACUCUCGCUGGUUACGAGCUUCUACAACGCCUUCUUCCUCUUCCCGGUGAGGAGCACGAGCUUGGUCCUCGCGGUAGCCUUGAGCCCGCAACUGGAUUGCAAGAGGCUAAGGCACCGCUACCCUACUUGAGGAGUAGAAACGCCCUCAAGAUCAUUCUUGACCUUGAUGUUGGCUUCGGAAGCCCCAAGUUGGCCGAGGGUCAGAAAUUGCCUGGCCUUCCCGGCUUCCGCUGA